AUGUCAAAUGUGGAGAAGAGAAGCCCGAAUGCUACCAAUGCACUCGCACCGGCUGAAAAGCGCCAAGACGUCCAGUUCUUCUGCUCAGAGGCCACUGGAAUACUAUCGGGCUUCUUUCCUUCCGACUGUUGGGACCGGUUUCUUUCUCAGUUGACUCAUCAGCAUCCUACGAUUCGACACGCGGCUGCGGCUGUGGGUGCUGCUUAUGAGCAGUAUGCACUUCGAGCUCCUGGCGAGAAGACAACCGAGAAUUUUGCUCUACAGCAAUAUAGUAAAGCCAUCCAGAGCUUCCGCGAGCAAAUCCAGAACCCACAUGAUCAAAAUAUUGACUUGAUUCUCAUUACUUGCGCGUUAUUCACCUGCCUCGAGGUGCUUCAUUCGAACUCGAACCGGGCAAUGGACCAUGUGGAAGGAGGCGUUCAAAUCCUCUUAUCUCGACUGAAAUGUGCUUCUAUUCAACCGCCAAAAUAA